AUUUUACUUGUUCAGAUUCAAGAGCUCUUUUCUUUAUUGUUUGCUUCUGGGCAGCAACUAUGAUUACUGUGAUGGGUCUCUUUAUUUCUUUCUGUUUCCCAUUUGAAUUGGACAAACCAAUUGUUUCUCGAGGCGGAAAAUGGCGGAGAGGUUUCAGAUCCCUGCGGCGGAGGCGAAUCCGGGUACACCCAGAAUCCGGGAGGUGAGAAUCGAACCCGGGUCCGAGAAUCUUAACCCGGCGAAAUCAAAGAGAGGAGCUGAAAUCGACAUUUCUCCACCGUUGGAGUGGGAUCAGAAGGCGGUAACCGGAUUUGGUGGUCGUGGGUAUUGCGUUCCCUUCAAACUCGGAGACAAUAACGACGGUGUGCGAGAAUUUGACAUACAGAGAAUGGAAAAACAGGCAGCAGAGCUCGAGAAGGAUCUGAUUAUGAAAGAGUUAGAAACUUUAGAUUUUCUGGAAGCUCUUGGAUCAACCAAAAGGAUUUUCGAAGACUUGAAGCGGCUGAGGCAUCAACAAGCAUUGAGAUGCAUGGAGACCCCUGAACAUCUUCAUUCACACAUCAAAGAGAUGAUCGAUGAACACUGCCAUCAUAAUCCCCUGAAGUCUCCAGAAAUGGUCUUCAUGGAAUCGAAGCAAGCCAGUAUGAAUCUUGGUAAAACCAUGGAUGAUCUUGCGAUGAUCCAAUCACAUGUUGAAUCUCUGAAUAUGAAAACGGAGGAGCAAAAAGAUUUCCUUGGAGCGGCGUCUCUAGCGGAGGAGCUUAACCGUUUGAGGUUAAAACCAGCAGGUCCAGAUCAAGAAGAGAGAUUCAGUGCCGAGAAAUUAACCUUGAAUCCGCAAUGCGAACAGGUUAAGAUGGUGACCGAAACCAAUGAUACAACUUUCCAUAGACAGAGCAAGACUUGUCUGAAAACCGCAGAGAUAAGAUUGACUGCUGCAAGAAAAAUGGAAGAAGCUGCGAGAGCAGCGGAAGCACUUGCGAUUGCUGAAAUGACCAUAUUAUCCAGCGUGGAAAACCAAGACGGUCUCUGUUCCCUGGAGCCUCCAACACUUCAGGCACUGAUGGAAAAAGACUUAUCCACCGAUAUCUCAAGAAUAGAGAUCCUGAGGAAGCUGGAGGAAGCUAAUGAAGAAGUUAAACAAAGUAAACAAGCCUUGGAAACAGCGUUAAACCGGGUAGAAAUAGCUAGAGUGAAGCAACUUGAAGCAGAAGACGCGUUUCGACAGUGGAACAUUGAGUCAUGGAAAGAUCAGAAAGCUAUUAGAGGGAAGCGGUCAAUGAAAGGAGAUAACUUUCCUCGAUGCUCCUUAUUGAGCCAUAUUGUGAACCAGCAGGAGCCGCUGAUUGAUCUCUCUAAGCCAGUGCUGAAACGUAAUGUUUCAACCAGCAAUGUUCUUAAUCGGAAUCAGGUUUCUGCCGUCGAUGAUAAACAGUUGGUCAUUCCCAGGAGAAAGUUUAGGUUCAUACACAGCAAGGUUUCAGAACAGAGUAAGCAAAAACCCGGCCUUUGAAAACCUGUUUUUUUUUUUUUUUUGUCUUGGUUUUAAUUGGUUUGAUCACUGAUGGCUGUUGUUUGCUUCUAUCAUAAGCAAACCAAAAUGAUUAGAGUGAAAUUGUGUCGUUUUGACUCAAACUUGAUGAAAAGAAAGACAUUA